ACGCCAAGGCAAAUCAACACCCACCGAAAGAAUCCACCAGCCGCUCGAUCGACACCUUUCUUUGUUGACCUCUCGCUCCAAGUAAGCCAUGGGUUUGGCAAUGGCCAAGCUGAUGCUUGGGAAGAUCAUCGUGGAGACGCCGAAGCACGAGGUGCUCCGCACCGGCGCCGGCUACGAGAUCCGCAAGUACCCGCCGUGCGUCCUCGCCGAGGUGACCUACGACCCCAAGGACAUGAAAGGCGACCGCGACGGCGGGUUCCAGCUUCUUGCCAAGUACAUCGGCGUCUUCGGCAAGCCGCAGAACACCAAGCCAGAGAAGAUCGCCAGCGGUGGCGAGCCCGAGGAGAUCGCCAUGACGGCGCCGGUCAUCACCUCCUCCGGCGGCGCCAAGCCCGAGGCGAUCGCCAUGACGGUGCCGGUCAUCACCUCCUCCGAGCCCGAGCCGGUGGCGAUGACGGCACCCGUGAUCACGGCGGAGGGCCGCGAGGAGCAGGCGGGGAAGGUGACGAUGCAGUUCCUGCUGCCGUCCAAGUAUGCCAAGGCGGAGGAGGCUCCGCGGCCCACGGACGAGCGGGUGGUGCUGCGGGAGGUGGGCGAGAGGAAGUACGGCGUGGUCAGGUUCGGCGGGCUGACGGGGGACAAGGUGGUGGCGGAGAAGGUGGAGGGGCUCAAGGCCGCGCUGGAGAAGGACGGGCACACAAUCACGGGCCCCUUCGUGCUCUCCCGCUACAACCCGCCAUGGACGCUGCCGCCACUGCGCACCAACGAGGUCAUGAUCCCCGUCGAGUGAUCAUCCGUCGAAGUUGUGUAGUUCAGUGACCAGGACCCCGGAUAUUAUUUCAUUAUGUAUACUCCGUAGGCCGUAACAGUGUUUCCAUUCAAGUUGUUCUUCUAAUGAUCGUUUGUGAUAGACACGUGCUCGGUUGGAGCGAUAAAUAAAUGAAUGAUCUACUGAA